UGGGAAAACAUGGAUACCUUCGAUCUCUUUCGCAAACUGGGGUCCGGUGCACGAUUUGAUCUGAAACGAUUUAACGCGGACGCCGAGAAGUUUAAGUUGUCAAAAGUUCAGGAGAGAAAUUUACCAUCUUUGGACAGAUCACAAAAUCUUGACUUUUUUGGAAGUAAAUCAAAACCAGUUUCUGUAAAACGUGCCUUUGAUAAAACAAUUGAUGAUGAAAAGAAAAAAGAGCCAAACGGUGGCACGUCUGCAACAAAUAAUGCCCGCACAAAAAUUUCAAAGAAAAGUGUGAAGAAACAGAAAAUACAAGCAGAAAAUGGAUCAGAAGAAAACACUUUAUUGGUUGAAAACCAAGAAUCAUCUAUCUGCUGGAUGUCGUCUUUAGAGGCAAAACUAAAGGAUGGUAAAGCAAGCAGACAAAAUAAGCAGAGUGCUGAGAAACUGGUGAAGCAAAGGAUUCAAAAGAUGAAUCAUUUUCGGAAUGCUCAUAAGAUUUAUGUGCAAGGAACAGAUAUUCCAGAGCCAGUGGCGACCUUUGAACAGCUUCACGAAGAGUACAAAAUCGACCCAAGGAUAAUGCAGAAUGUGAAAAAUGCUGGUUUUCAAACGCCUACACCCAUCCAAAUGCAAGCAAUACCACUCAUGUUACAUGGUCGUGAAAUCCUGGCUUGUGCUCCUACUGGUUCGGGAAAAACUAUGGCAUUUUCUAUUCCAAUUUUAACACAACUCAAGCAACCAAAGAAUAAGGGAUUCAGAGCAUUGAUCAUAUCCCCUACAAGAGAGCUUGCAAGCCAGACUCAUCGAGAACUAAUAAAGCUGUCAGAGGGUAUUGGCUUCAGGAUACACAUGAUUGAUAAAGCUGCUGUCGCCGCAAAGAAGUUUGGUCCAAAAUCAGCUAAAAAAUAUGAUAUUCUUGUGACCACUCCCAAUAGAGUGAUUUAUAUGCUAAAUCAAGAUCCACCUGGCAUAGAUCUAUCCAGUGUUGAAUGGCUUGUUGUUGAUGAGUCUGACAAACUCUUUGAAGAUGGAAAGAGAGGCUUUAGAGAUCAGUUGGCCUCUAUAUUUGUGGCAUGCACAUCCCACCUUGUUAAAAGAGCCAUGUUCAGUGCAACAUUUGCCCAUGAUGUAGAACAGUGGUGCAAACUGCACCUUGACAAUGUGGUUUCAGUAUCUAUUGGGGCAAGAAACUCUGCAGCAGACACAGUGGAACAGUCACUUUUGUUUGUUGGAUCUGAGACGGGCAAAUUAUUGGCUAUGAGAGAUCUCAUAAAAAAGGGAUUCAGUCCCCCGGUUCUGGUAUUUGUGCAAUCCAUAGAUCGAGCCAAGGAACUGUUUCAUGAACUUAUUUAUGAAGGAAUGAAUGUGGAUGUGAUUCAUGCAGACAAAACCCAGCAACAGAGAGAAAAUGUCAUACAAAGUUUCAGAGAAGGGAAAAUUUGGAUCCUGAUUUGUACAAGUCUCCUGGCUCGAGGAAUAGAUUUUAAAGGUGUAAACUUGGUUAUAAAUUAUGACUUUCCAACCAGUGCUGUGGAGUACAUUCACAGAAUAGGACGUACUGGUAGAGCAGGGCACCGGGGGAAGGCAGUCACCUUCUUUACUGAAGAUGAUAAACCAUUGCUACGAAGUGUUGCCAGCGUUAUCUCACAAGCAGGAUGCCCAGUGCCAGAUUAUAUUAAACACUUCAAGAAACUACAAAGUAAACAGAAGAAGAGGAUGGUAAAGAACCCAUUAAAAAGAUCCCAGAUUCGCACAACUCCAAAGUUCAUUUUAGAAAAAGCUAAGCGGAAGAGAAAAAUUAUACAGAAAAAAUUGAAAGAAGCAAAAACUGAGGAGAAGCAAGAAAAAAGCCAAAAGCAGCAAGCACCAGAAAGUUGACCUACAUCAUAUCUGGAAAGUCCAAUAAAUUGUGUGUUUUGGGACAUGUAUACUGAAUUGAGAGCUUAACACGUGGAGUAGACAAGAAUAAAAUUGAUUUCUGGAUUAAUUGCUGCAUUAUCUGCUUUGGACGCAUGCUAACUGGACAAUCCAAAUAUUUCUGGGAGUUGUAGUUCAUCUUGUCAGUUUUUGUUUUGGACUACAAAUCCCAGAAACCCAUGUUAUCACAUUCUGUCAACAUAUUAUUGUAGCUUGGAGGGGAAAGACUGCAUGAUUAGAUGGAGGUGCAGAAAGGUUUGCCUUUUGAGUCAAAUAAUUUAUUUAAAAAGUAGGAAUAUUAAUUUAAAAACAAAAAAACUGCUCCCUAAGCUACAAAAUUCACCUG